AUGCGGUCUACCAGAGGACAGUCACCGAGUAUUGGACGUCGAAUUGCGAUUACUACGCACUUGUCUACGAAGCCGACAAAACCAGAUGUUCGCCAAGUGGAAGAAGCGCGAGACGAAGGAAUACUUUUGUGCUCAAUAUUUGGAGGACCACCUCUGGAGGAGAAUAGUGUGCGGGUCAGUGUUGAUUUGCAACUCUAUUAG